UACGAAUACGAAUGAGAUUUAUGAUUCAUAAGUAAGAACCCGACGUUAAUUGAUAAGAUGCAUUUUUCGGCUGAAAUGAAAGAGUUCAUACACAUGCUCACUGUGAAGUACCGUAAAGAUGGGUGACUCUAUGGGAAGUCGCCUUGAUAUGUACCCCAAGGCGAACUCUGUGCAGGUGCAGGCUCAGAGCAGACAAUAUCUUGUAAAAAAAAAAAAGGUUCGGGCGAUGUUACAUGUGGAGUGGUAUAUGAGACUCUAUUCAUCCCUCUUGGGGCAUCAUGAUGGGGCAAAUCUCAACGAGGAUACUGAGUCCCUGAAGGAGAGGGGGGGGGGGGGGGAUAGUAAAUAAAACGCUAAGAAAAUUGUACAAAGGUAGUACAUGAGAGAUCUAUGAUUUAUAAGUAAGAAACCGAUCUUAACUGAGAAGAUGCGUUUUGGGUAGGGAUGAAAAUUUGAACCCGACCCGUAGUAGCGCGAGGCGAGGCAUGGGUAUCUACUUCCGACCGGCCCUGCCCCUGCUCCGCCCUGUCUCGUUCUUGCCUCAUUAUAUCUCAAUUUCUUAGUAUCUAUUCGUAUUUCUCCUAUUUUGACUUUUCUUCAACUAGUUAGACUUGAUUUUCAACAAUCAGACUCAUACCCAUUAUGUUUAUAUAUUAUCAAUAUUUUCCAUUCAUAAAGUGUUUUCUCUUUCGUAUUAUCAUAAGAAGUAAAAUUUUACGUGUUUUGGGGUGAAAUGGAAGAGUUCUUUUAACUUUUAAGAACUUCUAAGUUAAAUGUGCCCAUUAUGAAGCACUAAAAAGAUGAGUGACAUUAUGAGAAGUUAUCUUAAUAUAUAUCCCAAGGCACAACCCGUGUGGAUCUAGAUUCAAAGCGAAAAAUUUCUUUUUGAGAAAAGGUUUGAACCAUUACAACAAUAACAAUAAUAAUAAUUGUCGGGCCUGUGUGUUUCCAUAAAUUUUCCUUAAUUAGGGUUGGAUUUUAAUUUCUUAAAGAAAAGGAUUAUCCUUUAAAGAAAAUGAGCACCUGCAUAUUUUGUGGUUGAGAUGAGAAUUGUUUAAAAAAAAUUUAAAAUCAUACCGAUGUUGAACUGGAAAAAUUUCUGAUUGAUGAUUUAAUGGUUAGCUAUUAUAAAAUCGUUGGUUAAUAGUUAACCAAUAAGUUCAUGUGUUAUAAGUUAUAACAUAAAAUAUCUGUAUAAUACACUAAUUUCGAAGUGAAAUUAUCAUUAACCAUAAAUAAAUUCUUUUUUUUAAAAAACCAUAAAAAAUUCAAAUCCAUACAAUCUAUCACUAGAAAAUUCUAACAAAGUAUUCAAACCAUGUCACAAAUGCAAUUAAUUUUUGUUAUUGAAUUCAAGUUAGUAUUUAGGGUGACCAUCCAUAGGGAAAUGCUAGAAAAAAAGAUGUCUAUGUUCAAAACAGAAAAAUUCUCUUCUGAUGAAUUAUACAAUAAUUGGAAUUAUAAGAAUGAAUAAAAAAAGAAAAACCUAAGUAAUGAGUUUCGAAAUAGAGUGGAAAGUUUCAUAAUCAUCAUAUAAUAAUUGAGAGAUUGUUGACAAUCUAUAAAUUUAAAAUCAUAUUCUCUAAACUAUCCUUAAUCUUAAUCUUAAAUUCUUAAUGACGAUUCACAGUUUAUGCUGAACUAAUGGACGCAGGUUUGCUAUAAUAAACCAAAUGCGUGCUCUUAUGAAUAUGGCAAAACAUCACUGAAACGCCGUCGUAUUUAAACAAAGAAAAGCGAUUAAAAUAUAACUAUAUAAGUAAAUAAAAACCUCUCUGGGUUUCAGUCUUCUGAGCGCCAAUGGCUCUGGACUCUCACAUAGAGAAGGUCCUAUGGACGGCCGGCGAAAUCUCCGACCGCGUCGCCGAGCUAGCCGCGGAGAUCACCUCCGACUGUUCCCGCAAUUCUCCGGCCCCGGUCCUCGUCGGAGUCGCCACGGGAGCUUUCGUCUUCCUGGCCGACCUAGUCAGGCAAAUCAAGCUGCCGGUUUCAGUAGAUUUCAUCCGCGCCGAUUCCUACGGUGCCGGAACAGAAUCCACCGGCGCUCCACGGCUCUCCCUCGACCUGAAGCUGGACGUCACGGGUAAACACGUCAUUCUGGUGGAGGACAUUGUGGAUACGGGGAGCACAGUGGCGAGUCUGAUUGGACACUUGGAGAAGAAGGGGGCGUCGUCGGUGUCGGUUUGUGCUUUUCUGGAUAAGCCGGCGAGACGGAAAGUUGAGUUUCGGGUUGUGGUUAGUGGAAAUUACUACAGAGGAUUCGAGUGUCCAGAUUACUUUGUGGUGGGAUAUGGAAUGGACUUUGCUGAAGUAUACAGGAACUUGCCCUAUGUUGGUGUCUUGAAGCCUGAGUUCUACAGUUAGCGAAAGACUCAAAUCAGUUAUACAAUUGCAAGCCCGAGACAAAGUAUCAGAACCAAUCUCUGGCUCUUCAAAGCUACUCUCCCGGUUUCUGUUUGCAGAAGGUUCCCGGAUUUUGACAGAAACACUUGAAAUUUCCUAUCUUUCUAUUGAUUGCCUCAGUUUCUUAAUGGAGGCGUUUCGAUAAAAAUGGCAUUAAAAGAGUUUGCAGUUUCUUUCUUACUGAAAUUGCAUCGCCAAAUCUCCCAGCAGCUUUCAUGGAAGAAUAAGUCUUGGGAGUUAGAGGCGUGGAGAGCGGGGGGACCCUUCAGUCCUAAACCGUGUUGUAAUCACUGCCCGAUGUGGAAACUUUCAGCAUAUUCUUUGUGCCAUGGUGCCCAAAGUACAGUUUGACAUGAAUUCACAUCCGUUGAAAUUAAUCAGUCGGCACAUAUGGUUGUUGGAUCUGAGAAUCCAAUGGCUCCUGUCAAAUUUUGCAGACUAAAAAAAAAAACCAUGUCACCAUCUUUAUGUUCAUCUUUUGUAUAUGCAGUUUCUUCCUUGCUUGUUUCUCACUCCACGUACUGGUGAUUGAUAUCUAAAGAAAAGUUUCAAUCUUGU